CAGAGGGGCAGACCAGGGGAGGAGUAUGUCCUGGAGCAGAUAGACUGGACCCACGCCCAGGGAGGCCGGGUGGGAGCCAGAGACGGGAAGGGUGAAGCCUGGGUGCCUGGGGGCAGCAGCCAUGACAGACUGGCAGCGGAGGUGCAGGUGGGCUCAGCCCUGGACCCUGCUCUUGCUUCUCUUAGGUCCCCGGCUCCUGGUGAGUCACAGCUGGGGUCCCGCAGAGAAAGAGGGAGAUGAUGACCAGAGAUUCUUGAAGAACUACCCCCCUGCCACCGUGGAGUAUGCCUUGCACAUGUACAACUGGACGAGCCAGGGCAGGAACGCCUACAAAGAGGUGGAUGUCAGCCUGGUGUUCUCCAUGGAGCUACAGUUCGCCCGAAUCAGGUGCGGGACAUUUGACGAAGACAUCAACAACUGUCCUUUUCAAGCAACUCCAGACGUGAACAAUAGGAGUGUGGGGGGGAGGGGCAGCAUCUCCGUGGCCGAGUGGUCCUCCUGCCCCUGCCCAGAGCUGGACGGAUGGAAGCUGAGCCCCCCUGCCCUGCUGCUACUGCUUCAAGAGACAAGGCAGGGUGAGCUUCAUCCCCUGGACAAGCCCGGGUCAGACUGACACCUGCUACUUUACGAUCGCCACGGACCCAUGGAGAACAAAGUGUAAACUCCUGAACGACACCUGCUUGGAGGGCUCCGCCGAGUGAGGCCACACCCCAGCCUGGGGGCACCCUGGGGGCAGACUCUUCUGUGUCUGAGCAGCUCUGGUUCUGUUCUCUGGAUAAGCACCUGUCUGUCGCACCCAGGCCAUGCAGACAUGCCUCCCUGUCCAUGUCACCCCGUAGAACUGGUCAUUAAACGUCAGCAUUGCAAGCA